CCCACCGCUUCCUGUAAAGAUGGCGGCGACCAGAGCAGCUGGUGUGUGGGGGACGUGCAGGUUUCUGCUGCGGGGAAACCCUCUCCUGGUCCCGGGGACCGCGCGGACUCGGAGCUCGGUGAGCGGGGACCUGCUGCCCCGAACCUCGCUGUCCCGGCCCCCGUGGUCCCGGCCCGCCGUGCUGGUGCCGGAGGACGAGCAGCGGAGGAACGCCGCGGUGCUGGCCGCCGUGGAGCGGCUGGUCCGCGGGCCCGACCUGGGCCGCCUGUUCGCCGUGGUGCACCUGGCCAGCCGGCAGUGGAAGGUGACGGCCGAGGACCUGGUGCUGCUGGAGAACCACCUGCAGGCGGACUGCGGGGAGCGGAUCCUGCUGGAGAAGGUGCUGCUGCUGGGGGCCCGGGACUUCACCCUGCUGGGCCGGCCCCUGCUGGCCCGGGAGCUGGUCCGGGUGGAGGCCACGGUGCUGGAGAAGACCGAGUCCUGGCCCAAGGUCCACAUGCGCUUCUGGAAGAGACACCGCUACCAGCGCCAGAGGACCGUGGUGCAGCCGCAGACCGUGCUGCGGAUCAACAGCAUCGAGGUGGCCCCGGGGCUGUGCUGAUGCCCCUGGACCGUCCUAGUGGCCCCUGGACUGUCCUAGUGGCCCCCGGACCCCUGGACCGUCCUGGUGACCCCUGGACCCCCGGACUGUCCUAGUGGCCCUGGUGACCCCGGACUGUGCCGAGGGCCCCUGCCUGUCCUGAUGGUCCCUGAGGGCC